AUGCUCACCUACGUCGCUCUCAGCAGUUAGUCCAUCCGAGCCACUCUCUUUCCCACUUACCAACAGAAAAUACGUUCGAAGAGGACUUGCUUUCGGCGGAGAAAGAACAGCGGCGGGCAAACACAAACUCUCACAUACCUGAUCCUAGAUGUAGCCUAGAUAACUUUUCAGGGUCUAUAACACGUUUUACAUGAUCGUUUACAUAACGAUUACGCCCGUAUUUUAAUUUAUUUAUGUCCACGACAUUUGAUUAAUCCAUCCACUUUUCGGGAAACUUAUGGAAUUCUGAAACAUUUAGUGAACAAGGAGUUAUUUUGGUUAUCAAUCCCUUUGUAACAAUUCAGUCCACUUGUACAGGAGGAUGUAUUUGAGUGUAAUUUCAAAGGUGUAGGUGUAGUGGUGCGUUACCUGGAAUCAUUUAAACAGAAUUUUACAUCGGAAAUCAAAAUGGACCUUUGGGGAGUUUACCUAUUUCAUCUCGUCUUCUUCGCCCUGCAGGUAGUUCUGUCAGCAGGCAGAGACUGUCUGGUGGCGGGGGACUCGUGCUCCAGCGACGAGACCUGCAGCCCACGUCUGCGGACCCUGCGUCAGUGCGUAGCGGGCAAUGGUAGCAUGAAACUGGGCCCCGGGGCCCGGAGCCAGUGCGCCAACGCCGUGUCGGCACUGCUCUCCAGCCCCCUGCACGGUUGCCAGUGCAAGCGAGGCAUGAAGAAGGAGAAGAACUGCCUCAGCAUCUACUGGAGUCUCCAUCAGUCUGUCAUACACGGACUCAACCUGGUAGAGAGUUACCCUUAUGAAGCCAUGGAGAGAGACUACGACUACGUUCGUCUGGCCUCCAUCACGGCUGACUCCGAGGCUGGUAUGGUGACGGUGAACCGCUGCCUGGAUGCAGCCAAGGCAUGUAAUGUCGACGACCUGUGCCAGAAGCUCCGCACAGAGUACGUAUCUGCCUGCAUCAAGCCCUCGGCCAAGUCUGGCCUCUGCAACAAGGCCAAGUGCAGCAAGGCCUUACGCCGGUUCUUUGAUCGCAUCCCUCCAGACUACACGCAUGAGCUACUCUUCUGCCCCUGCACGGACACUGCGUGCGCAGAGCGACGCAGGCAGACCAUAGUUCCCGGCUGCUCCUUCGAGGGCUCGGAAAAACCCAGCUGCCUGACACAGAUGCGUAUUUGCAAGGCUGACUAUGUGUGCAGGUCCCGCCUGGCUCAGUUCCAGUACGACUGCCAACCAGCCGAGUCGUCUGCCAACGGUUGCAAGCAGGGGAACUAUGGAGCCUGUCUACUCGCCUACACAGGCCUGAUAGGCAGCUCGAUAACUCCCAACUAUGUGGAUAACUCCACGUCUAGCGUGGCCCCAUGGUGCUCCUGCUCUGCCAGUGGGAACCAGAGAGAAGAGUGCUCCGACUUCCUGGAAUACUUCACCGACAACGUCUGUCUCAGGAAUGCCCUCCUGGCAUUUGGGAGCGGGACAGAUAUGGCGCCCACUCCCAGCCUAUCGGGACUGCUCAGCCCUGCCGCAGGCAGAGAGAACCAUGCCACCACCCCUCUGCCUGCUACCGUGGAGACCACACGGAAUGUUCCGGACCCAAUUAUACCAACACAGGCCAGCGGAAAUGACCGACUGUGGGGAGAUUCUACCCUCCCAUUGGAUGGGCUCCCAAACUCUGCCCCCGCACUUGGCCUUCUGCCUCCAACGGCCUUUACCAGCCUUGUGCUCCUACCUCUGCUCUUAUAUGGACAUUAAAGGAGGAAGCACUGCCAAGGACCACCCAUAGAGCAGAUGGGAUGAUUUGUUGACAAAUUCUAGAGAAAUUUGACUCUUUGGCCAAUAGGCUUCUCCUCCUCCGAAACAUGUACAGCAUAGUCGUUUUUAUAUUUUUGUGUCUUAGUGGUUCAACUGCAUCUGCGAGCCCUUUAAGUGUACAGAGAGGGACUGAGACAGAUUGAAACCAAUCUGUACACUUGUACAUUGUUAUCGCUUCAAGUCAAGAUAAAAGUACUUUUUAUGUGGACUAACCUACCAUCCAGCUAUCCAAGCACAUCCAUUGUUUUCAAGAGUGAAUUUAAAAAGCACCAUUGGAAACUACACAGUUAUCCUUUAAGAUCUAUAUAUAUAAAUGGAAAGCUCUUACCUAAAAUGUUGUCAAUGAACUGCGAACUUUGUCUUUAUUUGGUACUCAACUGCACAAACUGAUUGGAAAAGACCCUUGAGGAUAUAAGUGCUUUAAUACCGUUCGCUUUGACUUGACUGAAGGAGGAACAUUAUUUCUAAUCAAUACUGGAAUGGUAGAGAUGGACAAUGGAGCUACGGCUUAUUCAGCCAUUCUGGACAAAUACCCUGACUCAGAUCAUUCCGAGUG